AUGGGAUUCUCACAUGGUAUAGAGCUAUUUUGGCUAACGCCACCUUCGUCCUCCCUAGGAGAUCCUCGGCCUCUUGCCGGCUUCAUGGUCUUUGCCCCACCAGCCUGCUCUCCUCCCUCAGGCUUUUCCCCGUGGCAUUUGAGGCGCUUGUACGCGCCGAUCCGCGCGACGAACGCGCCUACCACUUCGCCCGUCAAUCCCGCUCCCGACGGCAUUUCGCCCGUCAAUCCCGCUCCCGACGGCAUUUCGCCCGUCAAUCCCGCUCCCGACGGCAUUUCGCCCGUCAAUCCCGCUCCCGACGGCAUUUCGCCCGUCAAUCCCGCUCCCGACGGCAUUUCGCCCGUCAAUCCCGCUCCCGACGGCAUUUCGCCCGUCAAUCCCGCUCCCGACGGCAUUUCGCCCGUCAAUCCCGCUCCCGACGGCAUUUCGCCCGUCAAUCCCGCUCCCGACGGCAUUUCGCCCGUCAAUCCCGCUCCCGACGGCAUUUCGCCCGUCAAUCCCGCUCCCGACGGCAUUUCGCCCGUCAAUCCCGCUCCCGACGGCAUUUCGCCCGUCAAUCCCGCUCCCGACGGCAUUUCGCCCGUCAAUCCCGCUCCCGACGGCAUUUCGCCCGUCAAUCCCGCUCCCGACGGCAUUUCGCCCGUCAAUCCCGCUCCCGACAGCAUUCAUUCGCAUCGUCACCACGCUUCCGCCCCCCCUUCCAAGGGCCAUCCAGCCCACUUCCCCCCCUUCCCCCUCGCUUCCUCCUCCUUCGGGCCAUCCAGCCCACCUCCCCCUUCCCCCUCGCUUCCUCCCCCUAAGGGCCAUUCCGCCCUUCUCUCCCUUCCCCCUUGCUUCCUCCCCCUAAGGGCCAUUCCGCCCACCUCCCCAUUCCCCCUCGCUUCCUCCUUCAGGCCAUCCAGCCCCCCUCCCCCUUCCCCCUCGCUUCCUCCCCCUAAGGGCCAUCCAGCCCACCUCCCCCUUCCCCCUCGCUUCCUCCUCCUUCGGGCCAUCCAGCCCACCUCCCCCUUCCCCUCGCUUCCUCCUCCUUCGGGCCAUCCAGCCCACCUCCCCCUUCCCCCUCGCUUCCUCCUCCUUCGGGCCAUCCAGCCCACCUCCCCCUUCCCCCUCGCUUCCUCCUCCUUCGGGCCAUCCAGCCCACCUCCCCCUUCCCCCUCGCUUCCUCCUCCUUCGGGCCAUCCAGCCCACCUCCCCCUUCCCCCUCGCUUCCUCCUCUUUCGGGCCAUCCAGCCCUCCUCCCCCUUCCCCCUCGCUUCCUCCUCCUUCGGGCCAUCCAGCCCACCUCCCCCUUCCCCCUCGCUUCCUCCUCCUUCGGGCCAUCCAGCCCACCUCCCCCUUCCCCCUCGCUUCCUCCUCCUUCGGGCCAUCCAGCCCCCCUCCCCCUUCCCCCUCGCUUCCUCCUCCUUCGGGCCAUCCAGCCCACCUCCCCCUUCCCCCUCGCUUCCUCCUCCUUCGGGCCAUCCAGCCCACCUCCCCCUUCCCCCUCGCUUCCUCCUCCUUCGGGCCAUCCAGCCCACCUCCCCCUUCCCCCUCGCUUCCUCCUCCUUCGGGCCAUCCAGCCCCCCUCCCCCUUCCCCCUCGCUUCCUCCCCCUUCGGGCCAUCCAGCCCACCUCCCCCUUCCCCCUCGCUUCCUUCCCCUUCGGGCCAUCCAGCCCACCUCCCCCUUCCCCCUCGCUUCCUCCUCCUUCGGGCCAUCCAGCCCACCUCCCCCUUCCCCUCGCUUCCUCCUCCUUCGGACCAUCCAGCCCACCUCCCCCUUCCCCCUCGCUUCCUCCUCCUUCGGGCCAUCCAGCCCACCUCCCCCUUCCCCCUCGCUUCCUCCUCCUUCGGGCCAUCCAGCCCACCUCCCCCUUCCCCCUCGCUUCCUCCUCCUUCGGGCCAUCCAGCCCACCUCCCCCUUCCCCCUCGCUUCCUCCUCCUUCGGGCCAUCCAGCCCACCUCCUCCCCCUUCCCCCUCGCUUCCUCCUCCUUCGGGCCAUCCAGCCCACCUCCCCCUUCCCCCUCGCUUCCUCCUCCUUCGGGCCAUCCAGCCCACCUCCCCCUUCCCCUUCGCUUCCUCCUCCUUCCCUUCCGCCGCAGCAGCCCUCCCGCUGCCGCCGCCGUUUCCCUUCCGCCGCAGCAGCCCUCCCGCUGCCGCCGCCGUUUCCCUUCCGCCGCAGCAGCCCUCCCGCUGCCGCCGCCGUUUCCCUUCCGCCGCAGCAGCCCUCCCGCUGCCGCCGCCGUUUCCCUUCCGCCGCAGCAGCCCUCCCGCUGCCGCCGCCGUUUCCCUUCCGCCGCAGCAGCCCUCCCGCUGCCGCCGCCGUUUCCCUUCCGCCGCAGCAGCCCUCCCGCUGCCGCCGCCGUUUCCCUUCCGCCGCAGCAGCCCUCCCGCUGCCGCCGCCGUUUCCCUUCCGCCGCAGCAGCCCUCCCGCUGCCGCCGCCGUUUCCCUUCCGCCGCAGCAGCCCUCCCGCUGCCGCCGCCGUCCCUCUUCGCCGCCGCCGCACCCGUCGGCUGUUGGGCUGCCUUCUCAACAGUCGCCCCCCUCUCUUCGGCUGGCAUGCCGCGUCAUCCACCACAUCUAUUACCGGGUCCUCGCUUCAGGGGUUGUUUGGUCUAG